CCUGUGAUUACGUCCCGCGGGUGUGUCCCUUAAAACCCGGUGCAGGCGAGGGUGAGCCGAGUGAUCCUGGUGUCAGCUGAGGAGACAUGGCCUCGGUGGGUCCCUCCACGACCUCCACACAGACCGCCCUGCCCUCCGGACCCGCCGUCUUCAAAACCAUCCCCUACGCCUUCAUCCUGCCCGAGAUCCUCUGUGGGACCUGGGUGUGGAUCCUCGUCGCCGCUACCUCCGUGUCCCUCCCGUUGCUGCAGGGAUGGGUGAUGUACGUGUCCCUCACCUCCUGCCUCAUCUCCCUGCUGCUCCUCCUCAGCUACCUCCUGGGCUUCCACAGGAACAGCGAGAACUGGAAAGUGCUGGACAGUUUGUACCACGGUGCCACGGCCAUCCUGUACAUGAGCGCCGCUGUCCUGCAGGCCAACGCCACCAUCAACUCUGAGUUCAGCCCCAACUCACCUCUCUACUACCAACUCAACAGUGCCGCCUCGUUCUUCGCCUUCCUCACAGCCUUCCUGUACAUCCUCCACGCCUUCAGCAUCUACUACCAGUGAUCCCAGUGCUCCCAGCAGCUUCUCCUCUGCAGGACGAGGGCUUUCCCAGCGAGGGACCCCGCUGUGCUCCCCAAGAUGUCCCUGCCCGGCCAUGAGGACGGAGGGUCCUUUUUCACUUCACCAGAGGAGGGAUUUUUUUUGGCACACGGUGGUGCCCGUGGGGACAUUCCCUGCCUUGCCCCGGGCUGAGCAAGGGGAGGGACUGGGCGCAGGCUCCAAGCCUCCAGCUCCGACAUUCCGCCAAAUAGUGAUGACCAAGGGAAGGGGAAAAAAAAAGAGAACCACUGUUCCUUCAGCAAACAAUUUCCUUUCUUAUGUUAUUUGCCUUUGUCUGGUUCAGCUACAUUCCUCCCCAACACAUAAACUGGCAAUAAUGAUGCAAUACUGUGUUCCCUGACUGUCAGGUUGUGCCAUUUGGUAAACGCUGUACUUGGAAUAAAGCGUCGACUGACAGAUUUUGA